AUGGUGGUUCCUUGGCUGGGCAAAAAGUUUACUUGGUAUAGACCUAAUGGCGCAUCUAGAAGCAGACUUGACAGGUUCCUAGUUUCUCAUGAAUGGCUUGCUAGAUGGCCCAGCAGCAUUCAAGCUACACUUGCAAGGAAUUUUUUGGAUCAUUGUCCAAUUGUGCUUCGUUCUAAGGAGAUUGAUUGGGGCCCAAAACCUUUUAGGAUCAUGGAUUGCUGGUUACUUGAUAGGUCAUUCAAGGAAACUGUUCAUCAUUGCUGGACAUCCAAUCAGCAAGCAGGGUGGGGAGGAUACAUCCUUAAAGAAAAAAUCAAGAAAUUGAAGCACAUCUUGAAGAGAUGGAAUAGAGAACAUUUUGGAGAUACCUUUACAAAGGUCAAAAGGAUUGAAUCUGAAUUAAACAAAUUGGAGGAAGACACAAUCCAAAGACAACUAUCCCAACAAAAGGAGCAGAAAAGAAAGCAACUGCAGGAAGAUCUUUGGGCAGCAGCCCAAGCUCAUGAGUCUGCUAACCAGCAACAUUUCGAUUGCAACUCUUUGGGAUGGGCUUAUGCAUUAGAGACUAUCAAGGAACAUUCAUUCUCAAAAAGACUCCUUCAUGCAUUUUCGUGGCUCAAGGAACAAAAUUUUCACAAUAUAGAUUUUGAAUUAGAUUGCAAACUUUAA